AUGGCACCAUCAACGCCACUCAAUUCUAGUGUUAGGAAGAGGCGUGUAGCGAGUCCUGGUUUGGGUAUCGCCAAUCUUCACCUCCCACGCGAAACAACAAUACCGGAAUCUUCCCUCAUGGGCUUGCCCGCUGCAACACAACAUCGUUUGAAGGCCUAUCCAGAAAAAGACGAGCAAACCCGUCAACAUAGACAGCGUAUCGGUCUUCUCGAUCUACCAUGCGAGAUACUGGAGGCGAUAGCUCUUGAGCUCUGCGGAACCCAAUCUGUCAUUGAAUUUGGGCUUGUCAACCGUCGAAUACAUGGAGUCGUCCGCCAGGCCACCGCGCGAAAGCUUAUUGUAUCGAGGAAGAUAAGAGCGUUUAUCGGAAUGCUCGGGAAUCAUCCAGAACUCAUCGACAAAGUUUCCCAUGUUGAUCUAGGCGACUUUGGGUGUAUUCACCAUCAAAAGUGCCUCUGUCUAGGUAAACCUAGUCUCGACAAGCAAGUCCUGGAAGUGAUCGGCAGGGCAAUAGCCGCAAACACCAAUAAUUUGGUGAAGUGGAAUCAUAUUCGAGAAGAAAAGCGAAGUUCUGGGGGUGUAUGGCGCGCACCCCAAGCUUUCUUCAUUAACGUGCUAGCAUCACUUUGCCCGAAUAUCAAGUCCGUCAAGAUUGAGCUCCCAGAAGCCAGCGUGUUUACUUCAAGUCAACCGCCACGCCCUAUCCAUUUGGCUCCCUAUAGCCUACCUUCUCCCAAUCCAGAAUUUCUACCCGUCGCUCCGUUUCAAGGUCCGGCACUCAGGAUAAUGCAACAACGGCUCGAAGUCCUUACGAUUGCAGAAAACACUAGAUGGAAAGGCCCUGCUACUGUGGAGAUCUUAGAGGCACAAGAUCUCACGUGGAGGAAUAUGGGCACCCAUACCAUUACCCUAGCCGGUUUCUCCAAACUAAAACGCUUGGAUGUACCCAUGAGCGCUUUGGGAAGACCGCAAUCCAUCGUAUUCCUCGACCCAACCCGACCGACUGAUACGAUGCGGGAUAAAGCAGCCGAUGCAGCAAGCCCAAGCUCAGUCCGCAAAAUCAACAUGUCGCAAGUGUCAAGAACAAAGGUCAUACCACUUACUAUCAGAUACUUACAUUUACGAUCCUGUGGCAAGUGGACAUUCGCAUUCCUUCAGAGUAUCAACAGUGUUCCUGUAGAAGAUUUCAAGCUUAAGCAUAUUGAGCUUUUCUUCAAUAUAGGACCUCAACAAAUUGUCGCGCAGUGUACGAUCGUGGAUGAGGGCCGAUUUAGCUACAGUCGGGUACUGAUGGAACUCGCUCGCAAGGGUAUCAAGAUCAGCUUCUACACUGGUCCGGAAGAGGUACCUCUUGAUAUGCUUCAAGAGCUCUUGACACUAUCCGCCAUCUCGCCAAUGGAGCUCUGGCGGUUUGCCUUGUCGCGUGUACCUUUCACAGCGUUGAACCGCCAAUGUAGUGUGAAACGCCGCUCUUCUACCAUCGCUAGCCGUCUCUUCCUACGACAUGUGGGUCACCACUUCCAACUUUUCAACAGCCCUACUUUCGAAGCAACAUCGUGGAUACAGGGCGCGUUCUUCCAUGGUGUCAAAAACACUAGAUGGGACCCUCAAUUGCAGGAUUGCAAAGCAAAGGUCCGCUUGGUUGGUUCCCGAGGGAAAUUUGUGAAGGCUUGGAUCACUAGGAGUUUCCCGGCGCUGCGUAAUUUGGAUACCUUCGACUUCUGCUUCCGGGUUUCAAACGAUUGCACCCAACUGCCUAAGGAGAUCUCAUUCUUAGGUGCGACUUUCACGUUCCCAGAGAACGCUCGCACGCAACAAGUCGAGAGAAGAUUGAGCACAAAGACCCAAGAAAGUACAGAAGGAUUCAAGAAAGCCUACCAAGGAACGCAGGCAUCUGGAGGGGAAAAUUAUGUGAAAAGCUUGAUGGAUCCCAUGACGCGGCUGCGAGUAGGACCUGGUCGAAGCAACCUCUCGCAUGAAACGACCACGACUGACUCCAGUUUCCGGAUUGUCGAUUGGAUUCACAUUGAGUGGAAGUCUCUGCUGGAAUUCAAGGCUCUGAAGAUGUGA